AUGACAGAGUUGCACCAGGCAGCAGCAGCGGGGGAUUUCGACCAAGUUGAGGAAAUUCUGGGGCAAAAUAAAUGCAAUCCCAAUCAGAGAGACAUCGACUGGAGCUACAAGACACCUCUUCACUGGGCUGCAGCUAAAGGACAUACAGAAACGGUCAGGAUCCUCAUUGAGCAUGGAGCCAGGCCGUGCCUGAGGACAGAGCACGGAUGGACCCCUGCGCACUUCGCCGCAGAGUCAGGCCGGCUGGCUGUGCUGCGGCUGCUGCACUCCCUCCAUGCGCCUAUAGACAAGGAGGACUGCUGUGGAGACAAACCAGUGCGAAUAGCUGAAAUAUAUGGACACCAGGACUGCGUUCGAUUCCUUAAAAAAGCAGAAAUUGAGUGCCAGGCCUACCGCAAUAUGGCUGCCCAAAAAGGGAUUUCCCUGGAUGACACAGACGAGGAUUGGGCAGAAAAGGGCAAAGAAAACGAAGAAAACAGGAUCUCUAAAAGCAACAUUCAGACAUAGGCCUAACUUACAGUUAUGCAGCAAAGUAGCCUUUCAGUAAACAGUGUUUCUGUGGCAUUUCAGCAUUUCAGUCAUGGAAAACAUGGAAAAUAGAGUAUUGCUUAAACCACAAUUGACAUUAAUAUUUAGUUUAAUUGAAAUAUCAGACACAUAGGUAUGUACUAAACAAACAUUACAACUUUGUGCAGUGGACUUAACAUGUAUCACAGAUAAUAAC